GCGGCGGGGUGGGUCUGCCCGGGCGGCACGGGGAGCGCGGGCAGCAUCCUCACGCCGAGGCGCAGGACCGGACUCAGGGAGCACUCUGGAGCAUCAUCAUGGGAGCGGUCGUAGCUGAUGAUGGUCCAUCUGGUGUUAAAGCCCCCGAUGGAGGCUGGGGCUGGGCUGUCCUUUUUGGCUGUUUUAUCAUCACAGGAUUCUCCUAUGCCUUUCCUAAGGCAGUUAGUGUCUUCUUUAAAGAACUUAUCCGGGAAUUUGGCAUUGGAUAUAGUGACACUGCGUGGAUUUCCUCCAUUCUCUUGGCCAUGCUUUAUGGAACAGGUCCACUCUGCAGCGUAUGCGUCAAUCGCUUUGGCUGUCGCCCUGUAAUGCUGGUGGGUGGCCUUUUUGCCUCCAUGGGGAUGGUGAUUGCCUCCUUCUGCACGAGCAUCAUUCAGAUCUAUCUAACGGCAGGUGUGAUUACUGGGUUGGGGCUGGCACUAAACUUCCAGCCUUCACUCAUCAUGUUAAACCGCUACUUUGACAAACGCCGUCCCUUGGCCAACGGGCUGUCUGCCGCUGGGAGUCCAGUGUUUCUCUGUGCACUGUCACCGCUGGGGCAGAUACUACAACACGAGUACGGUUGGAGAGGAGGGUUCCUUAUACUGGGUGGGAUGCUGCUCAACUGCUGUGUGUGCGGAGCAUUAAUGAGACCUUUGGAGCCACCCAAAAAGUCUGAAGCUACCAAUGAACCAGCUGAGAAGAAAGCAAAGAAAAAACUUCUGGAUUUUAGCGUGUUUAAAGAUGGUGGAUUUAUAAUCUACACACUUGCAGCAUCUAUCAUGGUGCUUGGUCUCUUUGUUCCCCCAGUUUUUGUUGUGAGUUAUGCCAAGGAUUUAAAGUAUCCAGACACCAAAGCAGCUUUUCUUUUGACUAUUCUGGGAUUCAUUGAUAUCUUUGCUCGGCCCAUUUGUGGAAUGAUAGCUGGUCUUAAAUGGGUUAGACCACGCUGUGUCUACCUCUUCAGCUUUGCUAUGAUUUUCAACGGCUUUACAGAUCUCAUGGGCUCCAUGUCUGUCGAUUAUGGUGGCCUGGUGGUCUUUUGCAUUUUCUUUGGCAUUUCUUAUGGAAUGGUAGGUGCUCUUCAGUUUGAAGUUCUCAUGGCCAUUGUUGGUACUCAGAAGUUCUCCAGUGCUAUUGGUUUAGUGCUCCUGGCAGAAGCUAUGGCUGUUCUCAUUGGUCCACCAUCCGCAGGAAAACUCUUGGAUGCAACACAGAGGUACAUGUUUGUUUUUAUUAUUGCCGGAAUUGAAGUUACCACCUCAGCGCUGGUCUUGGCCUUGGGAAACUUCUUCUGCAUUAAGAAAAAGUCAGAAGAACCACAUACAAAAGAGGAAGCAGCAGAAAGAGAGGAAUUAAACAAAUCUGAAGACAAAACUCCUGAAGAUGCCAAGGUGGACUCUAUUGAAGUGGAGCAGUUUCUGAAAGAUGAGCCUGAAAAGAACGGCGAAGUUGUAACUAACCCAGAAACGUGUGUGUGAGCAUGACAGAAAACCAACAAAGUGUUUAGAAAAUAAAGAUUUUCAACACUAUUUAUUUUAGAAAUAGAACUAGUUUAGGGCUGGGCCAUCUGCUUUAUUAAUGGAGGCCGGUCAGCUCAUCAGGUCUCUGGAAGCUGAUUAACUAGACAACCUUUUAUCGGAAAAUUAGCUUUAUCAGUAAAAGGUGGAGCAUUGUGGUUGUACUUUUUAUGUAAACUAAAAAGCUUUUAUAAACACAAGUCGAGUCUUGCUAUGCAUCACCAGAAACUGCUCACCUGGAAGAGAGAUAGGAAGAAUAUAUUUUAAGAAAAGCAGAAUUAUUUGUUUGUUUUCAGACAGUAAUGGUGAAAUCGCUGUGCUGUGUGGCUAAAUAUAAUUUCCCUUUCUGUGUUCUUUGUGAAGGGGAAAAAGUUUGAGAUGGACAAAAAUCUCAGGAACUUAAAGGUCUCCAUUAGGCUUUUGAAUUUCUUACUUUUUUAGCUUUUUAGAUGAAUUGGCUCAGCCCUAGUUUAAUUUUGAUAAUAUCUGUUGCUUUGAUUAUGUAAAUGUAUUUCUGAGUUUUGUCCAAGCCUGUACUCUUUGUAACUGUCACCUGGAAAUGCUGUAUGUGGAAAGGCACGAGAGAUCCUGUCCUCAGCAGAUCCCACCAGUGGUGUUGAGGCAGUACUGGGAGGAAAUAAAAUGAGCAGAGUUGUUCCUGACAGACCGUAAGCAAAGUUAGCCUACGCUCACGUGGUUCACAGUACAGCUUCCCUGCAGCAUUGACAAAUAUUACAAGGAAGAUGGAGAAAAUGGAUUUUAGGCUCAGUAGAAUCUUCUGAGUGUCUAUUUUGUAUGUAAGAAAAUAGCACAAGCUUCCUGCUGACCUGUAGCGGGGGUGGACUGAGGGAAGCGCCGGGAUCUUUAGAAACGUGUUGGCCAUCUCUGAAAUGCCAUGUUAGCAACUUAAGAAGGUCAUCACUCCCUCACCCCCCAAUGUAUCCCUCAUCCCUAUCCUUUUGCCUAAGUUCAAGGUGCCAUUCCUGCUGGCUGAGGAAACAGGACAGAAAUGUUGAUCACAUUGAUGACAGCGAUGCACAAGGACCAGCUGAGAAUGGGGUCAGCUCCUCGGUGCACAAACAGAACAGGGAGUCUCUGGCCAGUCCUUACAUCUCUGACACUGGUGUGGGGAAGGAGGAACAAACCGAUCAGACAAGCCAGGGAGAGCACGUUUGAAGAAACACCAAAAGGGAAAAGAGUCAUUGUGAGGAUGCUGAACAGAAAAGAGAGGGAAAAGGAAGGCACUCUAUAUGUUCUUUUUUUCCUGCCCGUUCAAGAAGUUCAAGAAGUGGAAUCUUUAAUACCGAAUCACGCUACUGCAGCCCCCCUUUUGGUUCCUAAAAGUCUCUCUAGGUUCUGUGACUGCAGUUAACGAUCUUCCAAACAGACGUGAGCGUUCCAGAUCUAGUUUGUUAGUAGCGAAGGAACAUUGGCUUUCAGGUGCCAAAAUUAUUCUGCUUAAUAACUGAAAACUUAGAGACCCAAAGCCCUGCAUCUCUUUUAAAAAUAACAUUACUUGUUUCGUACUUGACUGUUUUUAACUGAAACAUACAGUAAAUCCAACAAAAUGCCAAAACCACGAGCCAUUCCCUAAAGGAACUCUUUCGCAUACCAGCCUCCAUCCUGGUAGUUUUCAGAACGGUUGGGCACUGUCAGGACAACCUUGCACAGAGAUUGAAAAGUUAGGAUCGUGACUUUUUUUUUUUUGUUGAGUGAUUUUGAAAACCAAUGGAUGCUGCACUGAAUAAACUGUUUAUUUUUAUAUUGCAUAUAAUGCAUUACUUUAAAAGCUUUUAUUAAUUUAGCAGCAGGAAUUGGGCUGGCAUGUCCUAGUUAUAAGAACUAUAUCACUCAUCUAAAGACUAAAUCACUACUUGGAACACAACACCGCUUGUUCCAGAAAGGCCACCAUAUGAGAGGGUAAGAGGAAAGUGGAAUCCACGGAUCAGUUUAUAUCCCUGGAGGCUGUUUCAGAUGAUACACGAAGGCCUGAUAUAGCUUCCAGAUUCCAGUUCCCUGUUCUGUUUCAAAAAGCAAAAGCUACAAACCUUGCCCAAGGUGAAUUCAGAUUCUCAAACAGCCAUUUUUGUCUUAUUGUGGGUUUCCAUCAACAGAUUUAUUUGCUAGAUAAUGCCAUGCUGUUAGCACAGAACUAAAUGGUUAUUGCCUUGCCCUCAGGUUUUGGCACAAUUUUAAGUUUCUGUACAUCCUGCAAGCCGUUUAGACUGUAACAUCUCAAAAAUUUGGGUUU